UAUUCGCCGAGGGUUUUGGCAGAAAUGCGACGAGCAGCGGCAACGUUGGUGUGUGGCGAUGCAUCGCUGCUGGUGGCCAGUCGCUGCUGUGGCUUCAAUCGCCGGUGCCAAUGCGUCGCCUCACCUGGUGCGCUCUUGUGGCGGUCGCGGUCGUGGAUGACGGGAUGCCCGGGCACAAGCGUGAGGGUGUUUGGAACAAGGACAGCACGCAGCCCCGUUGCCGGUGGUGCCGUGCCCCCGUCGUCUGCGACCCGUGAAGAGGAGGAGGAGGAGGAGGAGAGCGACGCGGAAGAAUGGUCGGAUGGAUCAGAGUCAGGCGAUGAGAGCCAAGAUGACGGAUUUGGAGGGUUUGACGGCGGGGAGAAAGAAGCGGAGGUGGGGGAUGGUGAGGAUGGAGGCGGAGUGGUGCUCGGGGCCGCUCCCUGGGGUGCAAGGGCCUUGGAUAUUGCCCGGAGGAUGCUGACGCCGGAGCUUGCUCUCUACGGCUUCAAAGUGUGCUCCACGGGCUUCAUACAGGUGCGGCUGGACAAACUCACCGACAGGUUUGGCUCUCCAACCAUUGAGGAGGUGGAGAAGUUCAACACGGAGUAUGGGGCGCUUAUCGAGGAGGCUGGACGCGCUGGCCUUGUCCCUGCUAACGUUGCUAUAGAGGUGUCGAGCCCUGGUGCGGAGCGUGUCGUCCAGAUCCCUGCGGAGCUAGAGCGGUUCAAGGAGCUGCCAAUGCAGGUGGUCUACUACGCGGAUGGCUCAGUGGAGCAGCAGCAAAUCUUGGUGCUGGAGUCGUUUGACAGGGAAUCGCUGACGAGCGUCUGGAAGCUGGCCAAUGUGCGGGUCAACAGGGAAGCUCGGGGCAAGGGCAGGGUGCUCAACAGGAGGCAGAGGGAAUGGAGGCUGGAGUUGGCGGUGGCGUCGAUAAAGUUGGUGCGCCUACAUGUGGAUGUCUUGGCAGAGGAAACCAAGCUUGGGAUGAGCUUGGACGAUCUAGCGUCACACAGAGGGCGCCGCAUUCAGAGUGGCAUUGUGGGCAAGCGCUCCUCUCGCCGGAGUGCUCCGUAUAGGUUGCCUUCCCGAGAAAGAAGCCGCGCUCCGUCAAGGCACAUCGCUGCCGAAUGCCCAACAGAGCCGCUGUGCCGAAAUUGCAAGAAGCCGGGUCACAUUGCGAGCGAGUGCCGCAACGAACCCAUCUGCAACUUGUGUGGCAAGUCGGGGCACGUUGCCAAGGGUUGCAUCGUCCAAGAGACUGGCCUUCCCAAGUCGCUUCUGUGCAACAACUGCUACAGGCCCGGGCACUUGGCCGCCGAGUGCCCCAACGAAAAGGCAUGCAACAACUGCCGCCAGUCGGGCCACCUGGCGCGCGACUGCUCCAACACUCCCGUCUGCAACAGCUGCAGCCAGCCGGGCCACAUUGCCCGUGAGUGCCCCUACUCCUCCAUGCCGCCGCCAUCCUCCCGCGCCCUGGGAGCCUACUCCGAUAUCUUUUGUCGCAACUGCAAGCAACCGGGCCACAUGAGCAAGGACUGCAGGCAGGUGGUGAUGGCGGCCAUGGCGCUGCUCUGUGCGCUCCUUCAUUCACUCUUCCUUCUCCUCCUAGCAUUCGACGCCCAAGAGGAUCCAGUGGGCCUGACCAGUUCUUGCCCCACGGCUCGUUUCGGCAGCUUGUGCACCAGUUUCGACCCAGCCAACCUCGAGGUCAAUCCCGAUGACAUCCAGGACGCGGGCCUGAUUUCUCGCAGCUUCAUUCGAGAACUUAUGGAGUCAGCACAGCUUACUGUCCGUGAGGAUGCUAUUGGAAAUAUCUUUGGCCGCUGGCAAGGGAGCGAGCCAUCCCAGGCUGUUGUUGCAUCGGGUUCACACACGGAUGCUAUUCCUUACGCUGGGAAAUAUGACGGCGUCGUUGGUGUUGUAGGCGCUGUGGAAGCUAUCAAAGCUCUGAGGAGCCGGGUGCUGGCGGGGGAUCCCAGGGUGGCCGUCUCCCUAGCCAAUGCUGUUGACGAGGACAAUAUAACCUUCACUCUAGCCGCAAAUCGAGCUGGAUAUGAUGAAGCCGGUGACAAUCUGCAAAGUGUUGCCGUGGGAAACGAGACAUAUGCCGCUUUUGUAGAGCUGCACAUUGAGCAAGGCCCCCUUCUCGAGGAGCAAGGUGAUUCAUCCCCCUCUUUGGAUGCCUAUGUUUGUGUUUCUCGGCAGGUGUAUCCAUCGGGAUUGUCACCGCAAUCGCUGGGCCUGCGAGCCUUGGUGUCGAGUUUGCAGGGGGUGGAGGUCAUGCCGGGGCCGAAUGACGCAGGGCUUGCUGCCGCCGAGCUUGCUCUAGCUGUAGAGAGGCACGUCUUGGAAUCUGGUUCCCAAGACACGGUUGGAACCACCGACAUAAGGGACAUCGAUGGAAGCCGAAGGGACGCCGUUGUGGAGAGGGUCCGGGCAACCGCGCACGAAAUUGCGGCCAGGCGCGGUGUGGUGUUGCAAAACUUUACAGUCGUUAACCAGGACCCGCCAGCGCAGAGCACGGACUUUGUAAUUGAAGCCGUGAAAGAAGCAUCAGAGGAGCUGGGCUUGGGCCACAAAAUGAUGAUCAGCAGAGCGUAUCACGACUCUCUCUUCAUGGCACGGAUCGCCCCUACCGCCAUGAUCUUCAUUCCCUGUUACCGGGGCUACAGCCACAGGCCCGACGAGCAUGCCACACUGGAGGACAUGGCGAAUGGCGUCCGAUUGAUGGCGGCGACGGCGAGGGAGCGUGAGGAGCGUCGGCAGCGAAUGGCCGUGCUGCUGGGCUCCAUGCUGGAGCUGGUGACCAAGAUGGUAACGUGGGUGGUGAGCAGUCACAGGGAGGAGAUGAGCGGCAGGGUGGCGGCGCUUUGGUGGCAUGUACAGGCGCUGCAGGGCGUGGCGGUUGCGCAGCGGGGGGCCAAGCGCAGGCGGGUGGAGAAGGAGUGGUGGGCUGGACGCCGACAGCUCGCGGCGGCUGUUCAACAUGAGCCCGGGGACUUUCGAGUGGCUCUGCAGCGAGCUAGCACCGCUGGUACACAAGAGCGACACCAACUUCCGAAGCAGCAUCCCGCCGCGCAAGAGGAUCGCCAUCGCCAUUCACAGGCUGGCGGCGGGGUCGUCCUACGUGGAGGUGUCCAAGAUGUUCGCGGUGGGCGAGGCGACGGUACUCACGUGCACGCGGGAGGUGUACGCGGCGCUGUCCACCGCCUUUGGCUCGGUGCUCGCCUUCCCCACGGAUGCCGCGGCGCUGACAAGGGUGGCGCGCGGCUUUCACAACCUCAUGGCCCUGCCAAACUGCUGCGGCCUCCUCACGGUGCUCCACCUGCGGAUCAGGCGCCCCUCGGGCCCCUGCGGCUCCAACUACCUGGACCACAACACCAACUUCAGCAUCGCGGCACAGCUGGUGGUGGACGCGUCCAUGCGCAUCCUCAACAUCGCCGUCGGCUUCCCGGGGGGCGUCCACCAUGCCAAGAUCCUCAAGCAGUCUGGGCUGUUUGCCAAGCUACGGGACGGCCUGCUGCUCACGGGAGGCUGCUGCGGCCUCAUGGACUUGUCCCGAGCAACACCCGUCAGCGUUCCCCGGUACCUGGUGAGCAGCAACACCAGCUACCCGUUGCAGCCGUGGUUGAUGCUGCCCUACCACCUCCACGAGGGGGACGAGACGAGGGGCGCAAAGGCCGAGUUCAACGACAGGCUCCUCCAGGCGGCGGCGGUGGGGGAGGACUUGUUCGGGGCGCUCACCAACUGGGGCGUGCUGGCCAAGGUUAUGAACGUGGACGUCCACACGGCUGUGGAGCUGGUUGUGGCUUGCGCCAUUCUCCACAACGUGCUGCUGGGCCGCCACGACUCCGACCACGGCUGCGACGACGACGACGUGCCGCUGGUGGAGGCGAGCACGGGCCAACACCACGACGGCGACGACGCGCAACACAUCCGCGACGCCCUCGCUUGUCACUGCGUCUACUCCUAGCUAGGGUUUUGUGCGAGAGCUUUAGGUUACGGAGGAUGAUGGCGGGCAAAAGGAAGGAGCGGGAACAGCAAGAGGCUGGCGCGGCCGGUGGCGGCAAGAAGCCCAAUGCCAUGCUCGGGCGCAGCUGCGUCCACGAGGUGGCGGUGCCCACAGGCUUCAUAGCGCAGCUGGAUGAGGCGGUGCACGGUAGCAUUGGAGAGCCGGUGUUUAUGGGCGACAGGGCCAAGAGCUACCCGUUCGAGCUGGACCCGUUCCAGCAAAUCUCCAUCGCCUGCCUGGAGCGUAAAGAGUCGCUGCUGGUGUCGGCCCACACCUCGGCCGGUAAGACCGCGGUUGCCGAGUAUGCCAUCGCCAUGGCCUUCAGGGACAAGCAGCGCGUCAUAUACACGUCGCCCCUCAAGGCCCUGAGCAACCAAAAGUACCGGGAGCUCAGCCACGAGUUCAGCGACGUCGGCCUCAUGACGGGCGACGUGAGCUUGUCCCCCAACGCAACCUGCAUUGUCAUGACCACGGAGAUCUUGCGCGGUAUGCUCUACAGGGGCUCCGAGGUGCUCAGGGAGGUGGCGUGGGUUGUGUUUGACGAGAUACACUACAUGCGGGACAGGGAGCGCGGCGUCGUGUGGGAGGAAAGCAUCAUCCUCCUGCCACCCGCCAUCAAGAUGGUCUUCCUCUCCGCCACCAUGUCCAACGCCACCGAGUUUGCGCAGUGGAUCUGCCACCUGCACAAGCAGCCGUGCCAUGUUGUCUACACCGACUUCAGGCCCACUCCGCUCCAACAUUAUGCUUUCGCCAUGGGCGGCUCCGGCCUCUACCUCAUGGUGGACGACAAGGGCCACUUUCGGGACGACAACUUCGCCAAGCUGCAGCAGUCAUCCAGAAACGCUGGCCCGGACGAUUCCCUCGCGCCUCCGGGGCGGAGGCGAGGAGGGGGAGGCAGGAGAGGUGGAGGACGAGGGGGUGCCAAGGCCUCUGCUGGAGUAUCCACGGACAUUUACAAGAUAGUCAAGAUGAUUAUGGAGCGUUCCAUGCAGCCCGUCAUUGUCUUCAGCUUCAGCCGCAGGGAGUGCGAGCAGUAUGCGCUCUCGGUAUCCAAGCUUGAUUUCAACAGCGACCAAGAGAAGAUGGACGUGGAACACGUGUUUUCCAACGCCAUACAGUGCCUCAGCGAGGAAGACCGGAGCCUCCCGCCCAUUCAUCAACUAUUACCGCUUCUCAAGCGUGGGGUUGCCUUUCAUCACUCGGGCCUACUCCCCAUCUUGAAAGAAAUAGUUGAGAUCCUUUUCCAGGAGGGCCUUGUCAAGGCCUUGUUUGCUACAGAAACGUUUGCAAUGGGAUUGAAUAUGCCUGCUAAGACUGUCGUCUUCACUGCCCUACGGAAAUGGGAUGGUGACGCUCAUCGUUACAUGUCGUCAGGCGAGUACAUACAGAUGAGUGGAAGGGCUGGGAGACGCGGGAAGGACGAGCGUGGGAUUUGCAUCAUAAUGAUCGAUGACCAGAUGGAUGUCAGCACGUGCAGGGAAAUGAUCCUGGGGAAGCCUGCUCCGCUAGUCAGCACCUUCAGGCUCAGCUACUACUCGUUGCUGAAUUUGAUGAGCCGUGCAGAGGGGCACUUUGACAUGGAGUACGUGAUGAAACAUUCUUUCCAUCAGUUUCAGCACGAGAAGAAUGUCCCCGAAAUGGAGAACAGGAUCAACAAGCUGGAGCAAGAAGCCGCAUUGCUGGAUGCGGCGGGAGAGGAGACUGUUGCCGAGUACCACCGUCUAAGACUAAAGCUUGCAGAACUUGAAAGACAGCUCAUGUCAGAAAUUAUCCGGCCUGAUCGGAUUAUUGUAUUUCUACAACCCGGUCGAUUGGUGAAAGUUCGUGACGGAGCAGACGAUUGGGGUUGGGGUGUUGUCAUCAAUGUCGUCAAGAAACCCACGCCUGGUGGACCGCUCCCCUCAACCAUUGUGGCAGCGCCCCGUGCUGCCUCGUACCUGGUAGACACCCUUUUACUUUGUGCUCCGGGUAUGGAACUGGACGGUUCGCGUUUGAAACCGAGGCCCUGCUCACCGGGGCAGAAAGGAGAGAUGCAUGUGGUCCCCGUGCAAAUGACCCUGCUCUGCGCAAUCAGUACUCUCAGGGUGGCUGUUCCCACUGAUUUGCGGCCAGCGGAUGCCCGAUUGAGUGUACUGAUGGCAAUGCAGGAGCUUGAACGACGAUUCCCGGACGGCUUGCCACGGUUGGAUCCUGUGGAGGACAUGCAAAUAGAUGAUCCGGAGCUUGUGAGUAUCGUGAAGCAAAUUGAUGAGGAGGAGAAAAAACUGGUUGUCCACCCUUUACACAAGUCGGAGAAAGAGGCAAGCCAUUAUUCAGCUUUCCAGAAGAAGGCCGAGCUGUUGACUGAAGCACAGCGGCUGAGGUCUAGACUGCGAGAUUCUCAGCUGCACAAGUUUCGGGAAGAGCUUCGGAACCGGACGAGAGUAUUGAAGCGGCUGGGACACAUAAACGAGCUCUCAGUCGUACAGCUUAAAGGUCGCGCAGCUUGCCUGAUUGACACCGCGGAUGAGCUGCUUGUAGCGGAGCUGAUCUUUGAGGGGCUCUUCAACGAUCUUGAUCACCAUCAGAUUGUGGCGCUCUCGAGCUGCUUUCUACCAAUUGAAAAAUCCAAUGAGCAAAUUCAUCUCAAGGCGGAGCUGGCCUGGCCUUUCCGGCGCCUCCAAGACACGGCUCGGAUGAUUGCCGAGGUGGAGAGGGAGUGCAAACUGGAAACAGAAGUGGAGCACUACGUUGAAAAGUUUCAACCAUAUCUGAUGGACGUGAUUUACAGCUGGUCCAAGGGAUCAAGCUUUGCGGAGAUCUGCGAGAUGACGGACAUAUUUGAAGGUAGCAUUAUCCGGGUGGCAAGGAGGCUGGAAGAGUUUUUGAACCAGCUGCGGUUAGUUUUCCAGGCCAUUGGCAACGGUGAGCUGGAGAAGAAGUUUGAGGCAGGGAUCGAGAGCAUACGGCGGGGCAUCAUGUUCGCCAACUCCUUGUACCUAUGAAGCGCCGCCCAAAAAUAUUAUUAUUCUAGGUCGGGUGAA